CCCUCACCACGUCCCGGGGCAACAGAGGAGUAACACCCCAGCUCAUCAUAUUUCAAGCUUAUCCCUUAGAUAACAGUUAGGGCUGCACAAGUGUUGGAAUGAAUCAGCUGGGUAUAUAAAGUGUGUGAGUGGAGCUUUGCAGAUGCCAAAGCAGCCUCUUUCCCCAGACCUCUGGCUCGCUUUCUGUUCGGGUUCGAACAUAAAAAAUACAGCUGCUCUAUUGUUCAGUGUUCUGGUCAUCAGUCUAGACUUGUUUGUCAGCGUGGAGCUACAGGCUUUGCAGUUUCUCUUGCCUUCAUUCUGAGCUCAUUCUCAACGAUAUGUCAGAGCAAAAUAAAACACUAUCUCGUCCCAUUUUCCGCCGAGAUGUGAGCUGGGAUCCUUUCCCAAACUGGACACAGCCGAGUCGUAUCUUCGCUCAGGAUUUUGGCCUCCCUCCUUUCCUGGAGCCCAGCGAUCUGGACUGGAUAGACUGGGCGAAGAGGAGGCUGGCAUCUUUCUCCUGGCCGGGUUACACACAAUCUCCCCUUCUGCCUCCUUUCACCGGUCAGCAUCCCACAGCGUUGGACCAGAAGGGUCUGAGGCAGCUGACGAGCGGCGUGUCAGAAAUCAGAACAGGGCAGAACAGCUGGAAGAUCAACCUGGAUGUCAAUCACUUCUCGCCUGAGGAGAUCACCAUCACCACCAAGGAGGGUUACCUGCAGAUAUCAGGAAAUCAUGAAGAAAGGCAGGACGAGCACGGAUUGGUCUCGAGGUGCUUCACUCGUAAAUACAAGUUGCCACCGGGGGUGGACCUGCAGCACAUCAGUUCAUCAUUGUCUGGUGAUGGCGUCCUGUCUGUAGAGGCUCCUGUUCCUGGAACAUCCGUCAGUAAUCCGGGCACUGAGAUCGUCGUCCCGGUUCAGAUCAGACAGAAGCAGGAGGGUGAAAAGUGAAACCAGAGAGCAGAACUUCAAACUGCAGUCAGACGUAGCCUAAGUUGGGUGUAGCAACUGUUUGUAGCGUUGACAAAAUCUAGUUUGUCGCAGCUUAAUAAAGAUGAUACAUUAACAAACCGGGUUUACUAUGAAAUACUGUUUAAUACCGCAAUUUAUUACCACCACCUCUUAUUUAACUUUUUAACAGUAAAACUAUCAGAUUAAUUAAUUUUGUCUUGAAUAAGCAGCACUAUGAAGCUGACAAAUUAUAAUCAUCAGCGAGUGUACUAAACAACUGCUGUCAUAUAAAUGAACAAAUAAUGGAAUGUUAGCUAUUAGUGUCUUUCAGCUGUUCCUCAGCAGAUUGUAGGAUUAAUAGGAACAAGUUCAAUCUGUUUUGAUUGCUCAUAUAUUGCUUUAUUUUGUAUGUUGAAAAUGUUUGUCAAAUUAUCCACUAGUGGGCACUGAUUUUGUGUAAAAUUUGGGGGUUUGUCUCCAUUUUCUAAGGCUUUUUGGUAGCUUUAGGGUUCGACUUUAUAUAUGUAGAUCUUUAUCAACAAUGUGUCUUAAAGGCCCCAUAAUCAGCCUGAGUACAUCUUCCAGUUUAAAUGUUGGAGGUUUAUUGUGCCAAAUUGGUCUCUGAAAAGAUUUACUGAAAACACAUUUUCUGAAGCCUUAUAUUUUGAAUUUAAAUAAAUAACAUUUAAAAAAGAAAUACAGCACAUGCAUAUAGUACAUUUCUUCACAUGCAGCAAAUUUUGAGGAUUGAUUUAUAAAGCUUUUCAGCAAGAAGGGCCAGAACGGUCAGACAUGAGCGGCACUGAUCGAGGUCACGUCCUUCAAAAAGUCAACAGUGACAUCUAGUGUAAAAGUAGAACAUUACAGAACAGAUAAUGGUUGAAAAGACAGUACUGUAAAAAAAAAAAAACAUAUAGAGAGGAUUUUAUUUGUAAUCAAAUGUAACAUUUUGAUUAUUGAUGAUCAGUAAAGAAGCAAACACUGGCUAUCAAUAGAAAACAGAACAGCGGAAGCUCACAUUAUUUUUCAUGAAUGUAAAUAAUAGAGUUGAAAAAUAGAGAUGCAGGUUAGAUGUUCCUAACCAAGUGCACAAGUUUUAUGAACUUUAGAUAUUUAGAUUCUUAUUUAUCACAAAUUAAUUCUGCAGCAUGAUGACAACAACUGCAAAGAUGUGAUUGCAGUCAUGAAGAAAGUUUCAUCAAGUAUUGUUCUCAUUAGUGACAUUUAUGUGGAGUUAACUGGUCAAUAAAAACUAUCUAUGGCA